AUGGACUAUACUGCAGGGAGAAAUCGUUUGUGUUGGAGACAACAAAAUGAGGCUGAAUUCUUCUUUCAUCUAAUCAGGAACCAAAGGCCUCCGAGCUCCAGAGAGACUGGUUUGUUAAUCUUCGCUCUUUUAUAUCUAAGUAUCUGCUAUAUUGAACAUAACUACAUUUUCUUUUCCUGUACAUUGAGAGAUCAUGAAGAAUUUAAGGUUUUCUAUGGAAACAAAGGUCUUAACGAUGUAGAAAACUAUGAGCUGCCUAGACUG